CAUUUUAUGUAGAAUGUGGAAAAUAAUUUAAUCGUAUGUCACCGGCAAGAUGGUGGCAACACCAUGUUCCACGGUGUGUGUAUGUGUUCAAGAUAUGCUGUGUUAGUCGUAUUCAUAUUUUUUGUAUGCAAACAUUUACUCUGGUGGUUUUAGCUACAUUAGCUAUGUGAUCCAAACACAUGGAAAAUCUAAACAUGGAAAUAUAUAAGGGAAUGCUUAUGCGACAAAAAACAGUCUGUUGUGUUCCCAGUGAUUUUAUGAUCUAAUUCCCAUGAUUCAUAUCUUCUUCAAUAAAGCAUGAUCAUUUUGUAAAAUCAUCUUUCCAUUUAGAGGUAAAACACCUAUUUUGGCCAGACUUCCAAGUUUGGAAUUGUACAUGCUGCAUUUCUUAAAUGCUCUGAACCUUUAUAGGGCAUAUUAAACAAAACUGGCUUUAUAAUGCCAGUGUGCUGUUGAGCAUGGCUCUGCAUUUGUUACAGUCGUUUGGAUAUUUUUGGUUCAAUAACUAUAACAUUUUGUUGAAAUUUGAUGGAGAAUUUAACUGGGGCACAGAACAGGGACCCAGUAAUGUAUCACCUGUAAAUGCUUUGCAUGAUACGCCAGGAGCCUUUUCAAGGGGAAGAGGGGAUGUUCAUGUUAUUAUAACCGCCUUGGUUUCAUUGUGGAGCGAAAACAAAAGCAGAGUGUCAAUGCACGGAUGAGAAAGAACCAAUUAGAGAGUUUGUCUUCAUGAUUUCUUCUUUCCCCCUGUUGAAAAACGUCCUCUCCUUUAUUGUAACCAGUGGCUGCAUAAUAACCGAGUGUGCGAGAUAGGGUUGCGUGUUUACAGGGGGGGAGGAGGGGAAGGGGGGUGAUAUAGCUCGGCGCUAGGACCGUGCACUCAGUCAGUGCGCAAAUCCCAGCAGAGAGACAGCUCUCCGACAGGAACGAUAGAGGCAGAGGCUGUCUGUCUGCUCUGCAGGUUCAACCCAUCAACGGCAGGGGCGGCUGCACCUUCUGCCCGCGGACGGACCUGAACCAGCCGGGCUCGCCUCCGGUGCCCUCCUUAUGGGCUCACCAUGCGCAGGAUACGGGCCAACGCCAUCGCCAUUCUGACCGUCGCCUGGAUCCUCGGCACGUUUUAUUACCUGUGGCAGGACAACAAACCCGCAUCAACGCCGUCGUCGUCCGCGUCGCAGACUCGCGGCAGGGGCCACGGGCAGAAGCUGGUCCCCGGUCGGUUGGAGAUCCACCGGGACGACAGGACCAUCCCGCUGAUUGUGACUCAGCCCCCUCGAGCUGAGCAGCAGAGCCAGCUGCUGGGCAGCUUUGAUGAGAAGGCCUACCUGGCAGCAAGACAACUCAAACCGGGGGACGACCCAUACAGGGAGCAUGCCUUUAACCUCCAGGAGAGUGACCGUCUGGGCAGUGAGCGAGCCAUCCGAGACACUAGACACUACCGAUGCGCAUCUUUGACCUAUGACACAGACCUUCCCUCCACAAGCAUCGUCAUCACUUUCCACAAUGAGGCUCGCUCUACUCUACUUCGCACCAUCAAAAGUGUCUUGAUGCGAAGUCCCCCAUCUCUCAUUCAGGAAAUAAUCCUUAUAGAUGACUUCAGCACUGAUCCUGAGGACUGCCAGCUGCUCUCCCAGAUCCCCAAAGUGCACUGCCUGAGGAAUAGCAGGAGAGAGGGGUUGAUCCGAUCGCGAGUGAGAGGAGCCAACACGGCCUCUGCCACCAUUUUGACCUUCUUGGACAGCCACUGUGAAGUCAACACUGACUGGCUGCAGCCGAUGAUCCAGAGGGUCAAGGAGGAUCAUACUCGAGUGGUCAGCCCCAUUAUCGAUGUGAUCAGCCUGGAUAAUUUUGCUUACUUGGCUGCAUCUGCUGACCUAAGAGGAGGGUUCGAUUGGAGUCUCCACUUUAAAUGGGAGCAGAUUCCAAUCGAGCAGAAAAUGGCCAGAAGUGACCCCACACAGCCCAUAAGGACUCCUGUCAUUGCGGGUGGGAUCUUUGUCAUGGACAAGAGUUGGUUCAACCACCUGGGCCAGUAUGACACUCACAUGGACAUCUGGGGUGGGGAGAACUUUGAGCUUUCUUUCCGAGUCUGGAUGUGUGGGGGAAGUCUGGAGAUCCUUCCCUGCAGCCGCGUGGGUCAUGUGUUCAGGAAACGGCACCCGUACGACUUCCCAGAGGGCAACGCUCUUACCUACAUCAAGAACACCCGACGGGCUGCUGAGGUGUGGAUGGAUGAGUAUAAACAAUACUACUACUCUGCACGGCCGUCUGCUCAGGGCAAGGCUUUUGGCAGCAUUGCAGAUCGUCUGACACUGCGUCGGAAACUGAAUUGCAAACCUUUCCGAUGGUACAUGGAGAACGUCUACCCUGAGCUGAGGGUCCCUGAGCAGGAAGCGGUGUCCAGUGUCCUGAAACAAGGCGGUUUGUGUCUGGAGGCCCUUGGGAGGGACAGCAUCGGCCUGGCAGAGUGCAGGGGCGCCGGAACCAAUAGGCUGCAGUCACAGAAAUGGGAGCUAGUGGAGCCACUGAUUCGGCAACAGGACCUGUGCCUGGCCAUUUCUGCCUUCACAGCAGGGUCAAAAGUCAAGAUGGAGCCCUGCAACUCAAAAGAGCCCAGACAGAAGUGGAAGCCCAGAGGCCCAGCUCUUCAGCACAUGGUGAGCGGCCUCUGCCUUGACAGCCAGGGCACAAACGGACCUCUGGUUAUCUCGCAGUGUCGCCCCCAGAUGGCUGGCCAGUCAUGGGAGCCGCAAGUUAUCGCCUGAAGCAAGGGAAGGGUAGGGGCAAGGGGGAAGAUUCUGGAGGUGGACCGCAGAAGGACACGGGUGGAAUCUGUGGAGUUGCUGAGGCACAGAAGAAGUGAAAACUGCUUUUCUGAUGUCAACCUCUGUCUGCUCAUUUUAAGGCCUUGUUAAGAAAAACCACCUGAAGUCUUUUGUGUAUAGUGUUUCAUCCUUCAAGGAUGCUGCAAAUCAUCUGCAACACCAAUAAGGUUGGGACGUUGUGCAAAACAUAAAUAAAAACAGAAUACAGUUAUUUGCAAAUCCUCUUCCUACAUGCAAUUGAAAAAGAAAGACAAGAUAUUUGAUGCUCAAUUUGAUAAAUGUAAUUGUUCCAGCUUUUUUUGGAACAUGUAGCAAGCAUCAAAUUCAAAAUGAGUGAAUAUUUGCAACGUAAACAAGUUUAUCAGAUUGACUGGUUAAUGUCUUGUCUUUGUAGUGUAUUCAGUUGAAUAUAGGUUUAACUGGAUUUGCAAAGCAUUGUAUUCAUUUUUUAUUUACGUUUUCCACAACGUCCCAGCUUCAUUGGUAUUGGGGUUGUAUAUAUUCUAAGCUUUCCACUGAAUAUGUUGCACAUUUAACUUCUUCAUUUCUGUUUCUACUGCGGUCCACAAUUUGCUUUCAUUUAAAACGAUUUGACAAGUGCAAACUGUUACUGUAGCAAAUUAGCUGAGCUGCACCUGAUCAACUCUUCAGUCAAAGUCACUGCUUUUGUAAAGUGACCUCGUUUAGGUGCAGGAAAGACUGAGGACAGGGCAGCUUUGUAUAUAGCUCAAUAAAAAUGGGAGCUUUUUAUUGCUGAUUAACAAAGCACUGUCAGGACAUUAUUUAUUCGUUUGCACGGUCAGACCCAAAGAAUGUUUUAUUUUUCCUUUUGGUUCUGUCUCUAUAAAAUUUCAUGUAAAUAUCGGAAACAGGUUAUUGUUUUUGUGUAAAGUAAUCUACAUGUUGUUUUAAAAAUAAAAUGUGGUUGCAAAGACAAUUGCAUUGCUGCAUAUAUUAUUAAUAUUAAUAAACAAAAUCAAAAUUG